AUGACCAAGGAUACACCGAGCCCCACAGGGGGCGGCGGCCGCUACUCGCCCAAGAAAUCUCCGGCCAGCCCGAGCCCGGCGGCGGCGAUGCUGCUGGAGGAGCAGCGGCGAGACCUGGAGGCCUUGCGCACCGAGCUGGAGGCCGAGCGGGCCCGCUCGCAGGCGGAGAGGCGGCGCUUCGCGGUCGAGGCUCGGGAGCUGCGGGAGGCCGGCGAGCGGGAGCGCCAGCAGCUGGCCGACCAGCUGCGCUCCCGCUGGGAGAUGCAGCGAGUGCGGGAGCUGCGGCAGCUGCAGGAGGCCGUGCUGCGGGAGCGCGACGCCGAGAUCCGUCAGCUGCUGCGUUGGAAGGAGGCCGAGCUGCGCCAGCUGCAGCAGCUGCUGCACAAGGAGCGGGACUGCGCCGUGCGCCAGGCGCGGGAGCUGCAGCGCCAGCUGGCCGAGGAGCUGCUCAGCCGCGGCUAUUGCGGCCGCCCGGGCUCGGCGGCCGGCGGCCUCGUGGGCGCCGCCGAAUGCCGCUGCAAGCUGCAGGACGUGCUGGCCAAGCUGCGCUGGGAGACGGACGGCGAGCAGGCGGCCCGCAUCCGCCACCUGCAGGCCGCGCUCGACGUGGAGCGCAGCCUCUUCCUCAAGUACAUCCUGGAGAACUUCCACUGGGACCCCGCCUCCGUGCUCACGGCCCGGCCGCAGCGGCCCCACCUAGCCCGGCCCGAGCCCGCGGCCGCCGCCGCCGCCAUCGUCGCCGUCCACUUCCAGGCCGCGGGCGCCGGGGAGCUCCCGGCCCCAGCCCCGGCGGCCGCCGCCGCCGCUAUCACCACCGCCUCCGCCCCCACUCCUCCUCCUCCGCCCGGGCCAGCCCCUCCAGCCGCCCCGGCCACAAGCCCCGUCCUCCGCCCGCGGCCCGUGACCUCCGCCACCCGGCCGCGCUCUCUGGACAGCUUGUGCACCCCCCGGCCGCGUUCCUACUCGCUUUCCCUGGACGACACCGCCACCGCCGCCCGCUCCUCCCGCUCUCUGGACGGCAGCCCGAGCCGAGCCGAGUCGCCCGGGGCUGGCGAGCCCGAGGCCGGCAGCCCCCUGGACCGGAGCCCCCACCACCCCGCGGGCCUGCCCCGCCUGCAGCUGUCCCAAGGCGGCCUGGGCACCGGCGAGAAAGUGCCCUGUGAGGCGCCUCCGCCCACCCCCGACGACCAGAGGCUGGGCGGCGGGAAAGCGCCCAGGGCCUGGAGGAGCCGUCCCCACACGGAGGUGCUGAACCUGUCCCAGCCGGGGAAAGAAGGCGAAGCUGGCGAAGUCCCGUUAGCCCUGGCCCCGAGGCAGCCGGCCAGUGCCGCGCCCCCGCCCGAAGCCGUCUCGGGGCUGGAUUACAGCGACCUGGUGAAACAGAACUCGGAACUGGCCGAAGCCCUGGAGACCCUCGCCAGGCACUGCUCCGGACUCCGGGAGGAGAACAAGCAGCUGCGCAGGGGCUUCCCCGAGUCCGACGAGAAAGUGCAGCUCCUGAAGAUGAAGAACGCGGAACUGGCGAUCAUCGCCAAGCGCCUAGAAGAGCGGGCCCGAAAGCUGCAGGAAACCAACCUGUGCGCUGUAAGCACCGCGGGCCCCGCGGAGCGCUGCGCCGCCGGGGAGCUGGGCCGCCAGGCCUUCGCGCGCCAGCGGCCCAAGGCCCUGACGGAGCAGACGAGCGCCCUGCUGGCCAAGGACAAGCAGAUCGAGGACCUGCGGCAGGAGUGCCGAGACCUGCAGGCCCGGGUGGCCGCCUGCCGGGGAUCCGCCCAGGGCCUCGACGUCAACGACUCCGACCAUCUCCUGCGGGAAUCUCAGAAGGAGGUGCUUCGCCUGCAGAGGCAGAUCACCCUGCAGAACUUCAAGAGCCCACGUGCCCAGAGGGCCACCUCGCCGCCCCCCUCGGCCCAGCUCCAGAGCCCGCGGAAGGAGGAGGCUGCUGACGCUCAGGAGCUGAAGCGCCGGGUGCAGACCCUGGAGCAAACACUCAGCGAAAGGCAGAAGUGUUGUGAGAGCCUGGAACUGGCUGCGGGCAAGGCCCAGCAGAGACUCCAGGAAGCGGAGGAGCGGCUGCAGCUGCUGAUCGGUGAAAACAACUGGCUGUCCCAGGAGAACAGCAGGCUCCAGGCGAAGGCUCAGUGGCUAGAGAAGGCGGACUCGCAGAACAGCGAGAUGAGGCGCAAACUGGAGCUCGUGACAGAAGAGCGCGACUCGGCCGCCCUCCUGACGGCCCAGCUGCAGCAGCGCGCUGGCCAGAGCGAGGCCGGCCGCCAGCAGCUGGAGAAGGAGCUCCGCGAAGCCCUGAGCACCUUGGCAGCCCAGCAGGGAGAGCUCCAAAGGAUGCAGCGGGACCGGGAGCAGAUGCAGAAGGAGCAUAAGGUCGCCGUGCAGAUGCUGGAGGCCCAGAUCCAAGAGCUGGAGAAGCCCUGCACCCCCCAAGCCCAGGAGUUUGACGCCCCCCAGCCGCUCAGGGGAAAGUGGACCAAGAAAGCCUCCUGCCACCUAGAGAGCCCCAGCCUCCCUGACUCUAGGCUGCUGGCCAAGAAAGACAGCACCCAGGCCAGCGCCUCCGGGCCACCCGGCUUUCGGUCUUGCCCGGCUACCGAGGUGGAUACAGGCAGUGACCUGGAAGAGGUAGGAGCAGACAGCCUUUCCCAAGCCCCUGAGGCAGAGGGUCCCAGAAGCCACGACAGUUACGACCCUCACAACAGCCAGGGCCCUUCUAAACUAAAGAUUUUCCUAGCCCGAUACAACUACGACCCGUUUGCAGGCCCUAAUGACCAGCCAGAGGCUGAGCUGCCCCUGACGGCGGGAGAGUACAUUUACAUCUUCGGCGACAUGGAUGGGGACGGCUUCUAUUCCGGGGAGCUGAUGGAUGGCCAAAGGGGACUGGUCCCCUCCAACUUGGUGGAGCAGAUUUCGGACAGUGAGAUCCUGAAUUUACAACCUCCAGAGGGGAGCGACUCCUGCCUGGACUCCUCCCAGGACAUGAAAUCACACAGCGAAAACUCCAGUCCUGAGGGAAAAGUGACUGAAUGCUCGGAGGAAGCCUCCUGCCGGAGUCUGCUGCCAAAGAAACUGGAGGACGUCAUGGAGGAGGCUUUGGACCUUUCUGGGGUUCCUUGUCCCCCCAAACUGACUCUGAUCCAGCAGCUGCCCCGGAGCGUGGUCGUGGACUGGGAGGCCCCCUUUGCUCCCGACCCAUACGGAGCCACGCAGGGCUACAACGUCUAUGUGGACGACGAGCUGUGGCAGAAGGUCCGCGCUGGGUCCCAGACCAGAGCCACCAUCGACAACCUGGAUCUGGCGACGAGGGCCUACCGCAUCUCUGUGCAGAGCGUGAUGGAGAGGGGCUGCUCCGACCGGCUGCGCUGCUCCUUCCUGGUGGGCCGGGGCUUCUGCCCUGCCCCGACCCAGCUGCGGCUCCGGCAUCUCACCCCCACCUCUGCAGAGAUCAGCUGGCUCGGCAGCAACAGUAGCUACCCCCACAUGGUGUACCUCGACGAGCAGGCGCACAGCCUCACCAAGGCCGGAGUCUGCUGCUACACCUUCCACAACCUGCAGCCCGGCACUCGCUACUGUGCCCAAGUAGAGGCGCGGCCUCCGGGGGAGAGCUCCAAAAAGCCGUGGGAAGAGACCUCCUCCUCCAUGACGUUCAGCACCCCAUCGGCUGGGCCGCCCGAGCCUCCCCUGGAUGUGCUGGUGGAGCAUCACAGCUCUCCGGGCACGCUGCUCGUCAGCUGGAUCCCUGUGACCAUCGACUCCGCAGGGUCGUCCAACGGGGUCCCUGUCACGGGCUAUGCCGUGUAUGCGGACGGGCAGAAAGUCACCGAAGUGCCCUCCCCCACGGCGGGGAAUGUCUUGGUGGAAUUUUCCCAGCUCCGGCAACUGAAGCUUUCCCAAGAAGUCUCAGUGAGAACCAUGUCUCAUUACGGCGAAUCCCUGGACUCGGUGCCAGCCCAGAUCCCCGGGGAGUGGUUGAAACAGUGUAGCUCUUCCAGAUCACCCCAGGCUUUUCCCAUCAAGCACACCUGCGGGGAUCUGGCCCACCCCCAGAUCCCUUCGACAUCGAGACCACCCGGACCCGUCUCCCAAGAGAAGUCCAUUUUGGCCAGCGUCAAUCCCAAGGCUAGCACCCCGCUGCCUGCCGGCUGUGGGAAGGCUAAAGUGGCUGUCCCAGAGGAGUCCCCAGAAGACAGCUUCAAAAGAAGAGUGCCGACGCCUUCAGAAAGUGAGUCAAGCCUAGGAGACAUGAAUGUCCCCAAGGGGCCUGGAGAAGCCCACGCCCUGAGCCUUCUGCCUUCUGGCUGGAAAGAGACCACCAAGGACAACAGGUUUGGGAAUGCCAGACUUCUGCCCGAUGGCCAGAUCGGGGUAGAGGAAAAGAGCGCUAGGAAGGCACCCCCAAGGUGGAACCAGGUUCAGGGGUUGCCAGAUCCUCCCCCAGAAAACAGCCCCAUGAAAGAAAUCCAUCGAGAGCAAGACUCUGGCGCGAAGGUGCCUAGGAACAGAACGGAAGCAGAAACACUAAAGGGGACCGGGAAAUCCCCAGAGGUCCCUGGCGAUCACAGCCUGGGGCCUGACCUGGACCGCCUGGGGGAAGCGGAGCAGUACGUGACCAUGUGGGGGACAAGGAGACCCAGUCAAAAGAAGGAGUUUAGGCUCCCAAAAGGACAGAGCAGGCCUGUUCGUCUGAAACAAGAGGGACCCCUCCAAGAGCCCAAAGCCUUGCUGUAUCAGGCCCCCUCCGGGAAGAUGACCGAGAUUUUGAAAGGCAGUCCCUUGGUGGCCGCCCCGGGGCCAUGGUUCAGGGCCCCCAGCAGCAGCCGUCUGAAAGCAAAGACAGCGAACGACCCUGUCCGAGUGUUCGUGGCCCUGUGGGACUAUGACCCCCGGCUGAUGUCCGCCAACCCCGCGGCUGCCGAAGAAGAGCUCACGUUCCACCGGGGCCAGAUCCUGAAGGUCUGGGGCGAUCGAGACCCGGAUGGAUUCUACCGCGGGGAGUGCUCGGGUCGGAAGGGCUACAUCCCUGGGGACCUGGUGUCAGAGGUCCAAGUGGGGGGCAGCGACGUGCUCAAGCAGCUGCUCCGGCGAGGCCACCUGCCGUCCGAGGGGUCCCUCGGUGGCCUCUUGGGGUUCUCUCCGCAGCCCCGCGGCCCCCGGAAGAGUUUUUCCGUGCCAAGGGGGGGGGCCCGGCGAGCCCAGCUUUGGCACCCACAGACCAUGGUGGCUGCCUUUGACUACCAUCCCCGGAAGAGGUCCAGUCUGAGUGUGGCCGAGGAGCUGACCCUGAGCGCGGGGGACGUGGUCACCGUGCUGGGCUCAGCUGAUGACAACGGCUUCUUCUAUGGAGAGCUGAACGGGCAGAGGGGCCUGGUCCCGUCGAACCUUUUGAAGACCUCAGCCCUGAAUGCGGAGUAG